GCCGCAGAGCAGUGCCGUUCGUUCACUCUUCCUCAGCUUCUCCUUCGGGCUCUCUUGGCGUCCCUGGAGCCAUGGCGUUCGCCGAGACCAACCCGGCAGCAGCAUCCAUGCCCAACGGCGAUUGUGGUCGCCCCAGGGCGCGGCCCGGAGGAAACCGGGUGACGGUGGUGCUCGGCGCGCAGUGGGGCGACGAAGGCAAAGGGAAGGUGGUGGAUCUGCUGUCGCAGGACGCGGACAUCGUUUGCCGCUGCCAGGGAGGAAAUAAUGCUGGCCAUACAGUUGUUGUAGAUUCUGUAGAAUAUGAUUUUCAUCUUUUACCCAGUGGAAUAAUUAAUCCCAACAUAACUGCAUUCAUUGGAAAUGGUGUGGUAAUUCAUCUCCCUGGAUUGUUUGAGGAAGCAGAGAAAAAUGUUAAAAAAGGAAAAGGUUUAGAAGGCUGGGAAAAAAGACUUAUCAUAUCUGACAGAGCUCAUAUUGUAUUUGAUUUUCAUCAAGCAGCUGAUGGUAUCCAGGAACAACAAAGACAAGAACAAGCAGGAAAAAAUUUGGGUACCACAAAAAAAGGCAUUGGUCCAGUAUAUUCUUCCAAAGCUGCUCGGAGUGGACUUAGGAUGUGUGAUCUUGUCUCUGACUUUGAGGGCUUCUCUGAGAGGUUCAAAGUUCUGGCAAAUCAAUACAAAUCCAUAUACCCCACUUUGGAAAUAGACAUUGAAGGUGAAUUACAAAAACUCCAGGGUUAUAUGGAAAGAAUUAAACCAAUGGUGAGAGAUGGGGUUUAUUUCCUGUAUGAGGCCCUACAUGGACCACCGAAGAAAAUCUUGGUAGAAGGUGCAAAUGCAGCACUACUUGAUAUUGAUUUUGGAACUUAUCCUUUCGUCACCUCUUCAAACUGUACUGUUGGGGGUGUUUGCACCGGCUUAGGUAUGCCGCCUCAAAACGUGGGAGAAGUGUACGGCGUUCUGAAAGCGUACACCACGAGAGUUGGGAUUGGUGCCUUUCCUACAGAGCAAGACAAUGAAAUUGGAGAAUUACUUCAAACAAGGGGUAGAGAGUUUGGUGCAACUACUGGAAGGAAGCGAAGAUGUGGCUGGUUGGACCUUGUUUUGCUUAAAUACGCUCACAUGAUUAAUGGCUUCACUGCGUUGGCACUUACCAAGUUGGAUAUUUUGGACAUGUUUACAGAAAUCAAAGUUGGAGUUGCUUACAAGUUAGAUGGUGAAAUCAUACCUCAUUUCCCAGCAAACCAAGAAGUUUUAAAUAAAGUUGAAGUUCAGUAUAAGACUCUCCCAGGAUGGAACACGGACAUAUCAAAUGCAAGGACAUUUAAAGAGCUACCUGUUAAUGCACAAAAUUAUGUUCGCUUUAUUGAGGAUGAGCUUCAAAUUCCAGUUAAGUGGAUCGGUGUAGGUAAAUCCAGAGAGUCUAUGAUUCAACUCUUUUAAGGAUUCUCAGUGACACAAGAAACACUCCUGGAGAGGGGGGAAUAACUUUGGUAAACAUUUCAUUUAUGGCCUGCAAAUUCAAGAAUAAAGACACUGACGUGAGUUGUGGCUGUGCAGUUGUUUCCAGUGUUUUAGGAUGGAUGGCUGUCUUGGAAGUAAACUGGCGCAUUCCAGGGUCAGCUUUCCUCCUCUGGCAUCGUUGUCGAGUCCUCUGUCGCGCCUGCUGCUCAUGGUGCCACGUUCCCUGUUCACGUGCAGCCACGGGAGAGUUCAUAUUCGAAAUCUCAAGUAGAGCUAUUUUCAAUGUAGUGUUUAAUUAUUGGCAUUUGUGUGUUCUUAAGUUUUACUCUUAUAUGGUAAUAACAAUUACUGCAGUUUUGCACACAGUUUUACAUUCUGAUCGUUCAAUUUUGUCAGUAUAAUUUUUGCUGUUAGGAAACAUUAAAGGACAGGGGUUCUGUAAACUUUUGUAGUGCUAUAAAUUCUGUUCAAGUUGUGAACUUAUUUUCUGGUGAGACCAUUGCAAAAUUGACCUUUGAGCGGAGAGGGGAUACAGUCCUUUAAUGUGUACAGAAUACAGAACUUAGUUAUCUCUGUAAAUUAUUUAACACACUGAACAUUUCAUUCUGUUCAAAAAAUGGUGUCCUUUAAAACAUCUGUUUUUUCCAAAAAAAAUGUCUUAAUGUUAUUUUUUAAAGUCAUUAAAAGAUCAAUUGUGAUAUUUGUUAGAUAUUUUUCUUUAAUUUCAUAUAGUAUUGUUUGUCUUUCCUUUUUUAUUUUACCAUUAUUCCUAAACACAUUGGAUUAAUUUUUCAACAUUUUGCCUGCUCACCUGCCUAUAAAAUCAUCUGUAAAUGUCCAAUGAACCUAACUUGUUUAUCAUAAUGUUGAUCAUGCCUUUUAUAUCUCCCCCUUGGGCAGGGGGAGGAAUUAUUUUGACCAUUAGGCAUAACAUAUUGUGUUGUAGAUUAUCCUUCAAUGAAAUGUUUAAAUUAGGUGCCACUUAAAUUUAUUUUAUUAUACCAUCGAUAGCUGAUUAAAAAGAACCAAAUAUUUCUAGUA